AGGGCAGACACUACCGAUGCUGUUGCUACUCCGUGCAAUUAAAUGUUUUCAUUGUGAUAAAAUACACAUAAAAUUCAUCAUCUUAACUAUUUUGAUGACAUUCACGAUGUCGUAGAGCUGUCACCACCAGCUUUGUCUAAAAUGUUUUCACUGCUGCCAACGGAAACUUCGUAAUCAUCAAGGAAUAAAAGUUGCCAUUUUCCUCUUUCCCCAGCCCCUGGCAACCGUUAUUCGAUUCACUGUCUUAAUGAAUUUGCCUAUGUUAGGGGUACCUCGUAUAAUAUUUAGGGAAUCCUACAGUGUUUGUCCUGCUGUGUCUGGCUUAUUUCAGUUAGCAUCGUUUCUUGAAAGUUCCUCCAUGUUGUGUGUGUGUUAGGACUUCCUUUCUCUCUAAGCCUGUGUCGUACUCCACUGUGUGGACCGUGCAUUUCGUUCGCACUUUCCUCUACUGAGGAGGUAGGGUUGUUUUCCUCUUUUGGCUGUUGUGAAUAACGCUGCUGUGAAUGUGGGGAUAUAAGUACCUGUCCAGAGUCCCUGUUUUAAAGUAAUUUUUUGGUAAUGUUUAUUUAUUUUUGAGAGCGAGAAAGAGAGGCUGUGAGCGUGAGUGGGGGAGGGGCAGAGAGCGAGAGGAGGACACAACCCAAAACAAGCUCCAGGCUCUGAGGUGUCAGCACAGAGCCCAACGCGGGGCUCGAACCCAUGAACCGUGAGAUCGUGACUUGAGCCGAAGUCGGACGCUCAACCGACUGAGCCAUCCAGGCGCUCACGGUCCCUGUGUUCAGUUCCUUUGGGUAUAUCCCGUGGAGAAAAAUAGCUGGUUCAUACUGGAAUUCUGUUUUUAGCUUUUGAGGACCCCCCAAACUGAUUUCCGCAGCAGACUCCCCAUUCUCUGUUCCUACUAGCAGUGCACACAGUUGCAGUUUGCUCACGUCCUUCCCGAUUUGUUUUUCCCAGUUCUUGCGAUUGUGGCCGUCCUAAGAGAUAUGAGCUGGCACCUCACUGUGGCUUUGGUUUGAAUUUCCAUAAGGACUAGUGAUGUUGACCAUCUUGUCAUGUGCUUUUUUGUAAAUCUUUUGGGGAAAUGUCUACUUAAGUGUUUUCGCCCUUUUUAAGUUGGGUUGUUUGUUUUUUUGUUGUUGAGUUGCAGUGUUUUAGGCAUUCUGGACGUUCAUCCCUUGUGAGGUGCGGGACUCGCAGAUACUUUCUUCUAUUCCAUAGUUUGCCUUUUCACUCCAUUGGUAGUGUCCUUUGAUGCACACAAUUUUUAAUUCUGAAGUCCAAAUGAUUACUUUUCUUUUGUUGCUCAUGACUUUGGUGUCAGAUCUACAAUCCAUCGCCAGAUCUGAGAUCAUGAAGAGCGACUCCUGUGUUUUCUUCUAAGAGUUUUCUAGUUUUGGUUCUUGUACUGAGGUUGUUGACCUAUUUUUGAAUGUGGUAGGAGGUUAGGGUCCAAUUUCAUGCUUUUGCAUUUGGAUGUCCAGUUUCCCAGCACUAGUUUUGAAGAAACCUCUUCUUUUUGUUUGUCACUUUUAAUCGGGUUCAUAAAACCGUCCCAUUCUUGCCUCUGUUGUCCGUUGAUGAGAUUUAGAGGUUGUGUUGGCCAGGUCCAGAAACCUGUAGUCAGCUCUUCAGGAUUGGGGUCGAUGGGCGAUACACUGGCACCAUCAGACUAGGUCUGUUCUCUUUCUGUUCUCUUCUGGAUUUGUGGAGUCUUUGAGAACAAACGACUGGUCUGUAGUUCAGUUCAUUGAGUAACGGGUUUUGGAGUGUUGCUUUCUUCGCUGUUUGUGACUCACUGAAUAGCAGAUGGGAAAAAGGUUGAUGACUUGGUACCUUGGGUGGACGAAAGAGUGGACAUUGGGUGUGAAGCCUGAGACUGAGAAUUCACAAUGGGUAUCGCCACCGUGUUGUGGCCGUGUAGAUCUCUUACGCUACAAAAUUCCUUUACUCUUCCCGGUUGUGAGUGGCGUACGAAGUGUCUGGUGUUCCGUGUUUCGUGGCGCACGUGGUUGCUUCCUUUCCCUCUGCCUGUUUUGUAUUCUUGGGACACACGUGAGACCUGGGAGCUGGUUUGUAUCGCAGAGUCAGAAGACGGAGUGAGCACUUAAAUAAUUAAAGUAGUUGUACAAAGUUCUUAAAAAUAAACAUUCUCAAAAAUAGAUCCCCCCAAAAUAGAAAUGAUUAAAAUUUAAUAAAAGCCACAUUUAAGGCAUAAUGCGUAUUUCUGUGCUUAGCUUUAGCUACUAUCCAGCAGAAAAUUUGAUAGAGUACAAAUGGCCACCUGAUGAAACAGGAGAAUACUAUAUGCUUCAAGAGCAAGUCAGUGAAUAUUUGGGUGUGACCUCCUUUAAGCGGAAAUAUCCAGAUUUAGAGCGACGAGAUCUGUCUCACAAAGAGAAGCUCUACCUGAGGGAGCUGAAUGUCAUCACAGAAACUCAGUGCACUCUAGGUUUAACAGCAUUGCGCAGUGAUGAAGUGAUUGAUUUAAUGAUAAAAGAGUAUCCAGCCAAACAUGCUGAGUAUUCUGUUAUUUUACAAGAAAAAGAACGUCAGCGAAUUACAGAUCAUUAUAAAGAGUAUUCUCAAAUGCAACAACAGAAUACUCAGAAAGUUGAAGCCAGCAAAGUGCCCGAGUACAUUAAGAAAGCUGCCAAAAAAGCAGCCGAAUUUAACAGCAACUUGAACCGGGAGCGCAUGGAAGAGAGAAGAGCGUAUUUUGACUUGCAGACACACGUUAUCCAGGUGCCUCAAGGGAAGUACAAAGUGUUACCGACAGAGCGAACCAAGGUCAGUUCUUACCCAGUGGCCCUCAUCCCGGGACAGUUCCAGGAAUAUUACAAAAGGUACUCAGCAGACGAGCUGCGGUAUCUGCCGUUAAACACGGCCCUCUACGAGCCCCCGCUGGACCCUGAGCUGCCGGCCCUGGAUAGCGAUGGUGACUCGGACGACGCCGAGGACGGUCGAGGCGACGAGAAGCGGAAACAUAAAGGCACUUCGGACAGUUCCUCCGGCAACGUGUCUGAAGGAGAAGGCCUUCCCGACGGCCAGGAGGAGCCUCUCCCGGGAAGACAGAGAUCCAAGGACAAAGCUGCUACUCCAAGAAAAGAUGCUUCCAAACGUUCUGUACUGUCCAAGUCAGUCCCUGGGUACAAGCCAAAGGUCAUUCCAAAUGCUCUAUGUGGAAUUUGUCUGAAGGGUAAGGAGUCCAACAAGAAAGGGAAGGCUGAAUCACUUAUACACUGCUCCCAGUGUGAUAAUAGUGGCCACCCUUCUUGCCUGGAUAUGACCAUGGAGCUUGUUUCUAUGAUUAAGACCUACCCUUGGCAGUGUAUGGAGUGUAAAACUUGCAUUGUGUGUGGACAACCCCACCAUGAAGAAGAAAUGAUGUUCUGUGAUGUGUGUGACAGAGGUUAUCAUACUUUUUGUGUGGGCCUUGGUGCUAUUCCAUCAGGUCGCUGGAUUUGUGACUGUUGUCAGCGAGCCCCCCCAACACCCAGGAAAGUGGGCAGAAGGGGGAAAAACAGCAAAGAGGGAUAAAAUAGUUUUUUGACCCCAAUAUUGUAAUACGGAUUUAAAUGAACUACUUGGUGCCAAUUUAUUUACAUUCUUGAUUUUUUGCCAAUAAAAGAUUUCUGAAAUUCAUGAUGUGCUUAAAAUGUUAAGUUGAUUCAUUUGUUAUAAGCUACUAUUCCUCUUAAAACCAAUUUCAGGUAGAGAAAUAGCUCAUUUUUCUUUCUUUCUUUUUUUUUUUUUAAAGUCUCUUAGGGCUUUGGCUCUCUCCAGAAAUUCAGUGGAAAUAUAUGCAACUUAAUUGAAGUACUUAACUUUAUUUCUCUUUGGCCUGAAACUUUAUUUGCAUGAAGUUUUCCUAAUCUGUAUUGUUUCUGGCCAGUCAUGGGUAGCAUAACAAAAUUACUUAAUAAUGGACGAAUUUUAAUUGCUAAGAUAGCUGCAGGUGAU